AUGGCCCAGUACGCCCAGAACCCACAUUCCUUCUUCAGAACAAUAGUCUGGCAAACCCCGCCUUCAAACAUCCUCGUGGUGAAAAAGCCCUGGAAGGACGAGGUCACGCACGCCGCGUCUGUUUUCAUCGACCAUAUCCACUCGUCGUACCCAAAUUGCACGGUGAUCGUCACCGAAGACGUGGCCCAGGAACUGAAAGAGAACCCCGGCGUGCUUGCAAAUUCCGAGCCGGGCGUCAAACAUGUCCUGUACACAGGCACCAGCGAGGAGAUCGUGAGCAAAACAGACCUGAUCGUGUCGCUGGGCGGAGACGGCACGGUACUUAGAGGAGUCUCGCUGUUUUCAAAUACAACAGUGCCUCCAAUCCUCUCCUUCAGCUUGGGCACUCUGGGAUUUCUGCUCCCGUUCGACUUCACCGACUUCAAAGAGGCGUUCAAAAAGGUGUUUGAAAGCAGAGCGCUAAUGCUACACAGAGAACGACUUGAAUGUCACGUGGUUAAAAAAUCUAGAUUUACAAACUCAGACCCACAGUCGCUUUACAAAAGCGACUCUGACGAACUAACACAGAUCCAUGCAAUGAACGACAUCGUGCUGCAUCGCGGCUCCUUGCCAAGUCUGAUCAGUUUGGACGUUUAUGUCAACGGCCAUUUUUUGACAACCACCACAGCUGAUGGCUUGGUUUGUGCCACGCCCACCGGCUCCACGGCAUAUUCACUGUCUGCCGGCGGCUCUAUGGUUCACCCGAUUGUGCCCUGUAUUCUAUUGACUCCCGUCUGUCCAAGAUCACUCUCCUUCAGACCUCUUAUCCUCCCAUCGAUUUCGCACAUUAAGGUGGUUGUGAGAAGCAAGGACCUGGCCGGACACGAAUGUUCCGCCAAGCUGUCGAUCGACGGAAUCCCACAACUCAAGCUUCGUGCUGGCGACGAAAUCCACGUUGUCUCGGAAGCAGGCUCCAUAUUAGACCCAUCUUGGAACUUGCCCAGCUCGCUCUCCUUGAAGAAAGUACCGUCCACAGAAAACGUCAAAUCUGGAAUCUGGUGUGUUGCACGCACCAGAGGCGACUGGGUCACAGGAAUCAACAAUCUGCUGGGCUUCAACUCGGGAUUUAAGAGCAUUAACGAAAACUUGUUCCAUUGA